GAGCUGUCUGGCAAUACAGGAUCACUGCGAUAUAUGUCCCCAGAAGUCGCCCGAAGUGAGCCUUACAAUCUUACAGCGGACGUGUAUUCGUUUGGACUCCUUUUAUGGCAGGUUUGUUCACUGGAUCUUCCCUACGAUGGUAUGAACCGACAAGAUCAUUCCGAGCUAGUGGUGCAUGGCAAUGAGCGACCGCAAUUAGAUUCGAGUUGGAGCACUCCCUUGCGAAUAUUGAUGAAGCGAGCUUGGGAGCCAGAUCCA